CUUUAAAUGUAAUAUAUAUAAAUAUAUUAUAACGAGUUUUAUAUUAUAGAAAUAAAAAACAAUUUGAUUAGUCUUUAAAUUACCUAAAAAUUGAGAUUAAUCUGAAAACAAAUUAUAAAUUGUACAAUCAUAUUAAAGCGAUGUCUAUGAUAGAAGAUGAUAGGUAACUAGAACAGAGACCACAUCACGUGACCACUACCGCCAUAUUGUCAAGAGGCGAUUAAUGUUUUAGUAGGUUAUGUUGUGUUAUUUGUGUUUAUUUUGAAUUUAAAAACUUUUUUAUUUAUAACUAUAUUAUUCGGUGCUUUACUUUUAUUAGUGUAGUAUUAGUGUUAAAUAAACAGCGAAAUUAUAAGGAAUAAUAUUCUAUAGAUACGAAACUGAAGAUCUGAUGAAAACCGCCGCUUCGAAUUUACCGGUUAGAGGAUAUCACGUCGUGGAAGGUGGUUACUAUCCACAAAUCGGAGCAGCUGGUGGAGGUUUCGGUUUCGCGGGAUCACCAUUGGGUAACCAAGCAUUCAGUGGUCAAUUUCUAGGUCCUAAUGUAGCGCUAGGUCAAGCCGUUCCUUUAGGAACAACCUUCGGAGGCCAGAUUAUCCCGCAGUACAUCCACGGUGGUGCUGGUAUGUUGGGAGGUUUAUACGGAGGUCUGCAACAUCAUCCACACCAUAUCGGAGGCGAAGAAAUCAUUAAAGGCCAAUUCAGUUCGGGGAAGAAGAACGCGAACGAUGAAAAAUUCGAAAAAAGCGAGGGUAGAAAAGGGGAUGAACUGAAUCAUAAUAAAGCCGGUUUCGCUAAAGGGGAGGUUCUAGUUAAAGAUUUCAAAGGCGAUUCGGGGCAUUAUAACAACGUAAACGGGGAGAAGAAAGUAUACGAAGACGGUAAGGAAUAUCAGGGGGGGCAACAUUACAAUAAAGAAGGUAAAAGCGGGGAGGAGAAAACGGCGAAACAGGGACACAAAAAGGGACAUAAAGUGAAGAGUUUUAAAAAUUCGCAUCACAAGGACGAAACCGGUAAAAGUGAAGAAUAUUACGACGAAUCUCACGACGAAGGGGGUAACUACGUGUUUAAUGGUCAAUCGGGUAGUUUCGGAGAACAAGGAGCGUCAGGUUUUAAGGGCGGUCAUCAUGAUUCGAAAUAUAAUCAAGCGGAAGCUAAAAAAGAAGGACAGUUCGAGAAUAAGCAUUCCGUUGAAAAAGUCGAGGGCGAUCAAGGAAAAUACGGGGAGAAUAAAUUCGCCGGAAAUCAAGCUUUGUUUGGGUAUAAAACGGGGGCGGACGAACAGAGUCUUUUAGGGCACGAGGAAUCUAGUAAAUUCGUCAAGUCUCAUCCGUUGGUGGUGCCUUUUUACCAACCUUAGAAAUUGGGAAAAUGUUUUUUUUUUAUUUAUUUCUUGGAUUUGAAAAAAUAGCGACGGAAAGUUUUGAUUGCCAUUGUAUCGAUGUUUUGUGACAAAAAAAAACAAAACUACUUCUCUUUUUCUCUUUAAUUUAUUAUUUAGUUGUUAAGUUUGUACUAUUGUUGACGAUAUUAAGCUCCAAUGAGGUAUCAGUUAUGUAUUAAUUGUUUUUUUUUAUAUAUAAUUAAUAAAACUAAUGAUUUUCUAUUUUUA